AUGUCGUCGUUACAGACCAUGACAGCGCCAGCGGUGGGCCAUAAUCGGCCUCCCGAUCCUGGGAUAGAUAUUGCUAGUAGCAGUACUACUAGGACGAAUGAUGCGAUUGUUGAUCAUAAAAGCGACGAUUUGUCACGGCAUGAUUUUCGAGACCCCGAUGUUAAUGCCAACGCUGGUACCGAUAGGAAUACGAACGUUGCGAGCCGUGAUCGUGAAGAACCAAUGAAUACGGAUGUCGCAUCGUCAAAACAGAACGGAUCCGCACUGCAUGAUCGAUCACCUGCCGAGGCCAAUAGCGAGGAAAAACUGGAUACGGUGGCUGACAACGGAAGGGAUGGAAAUGAAAGAAAAGAAACACAAGAAGAACAGAGGCAAAUAAAAGAGGAAAAACAAGAGGCACAGCUAGAAGAGCAACCGGCAGAAAAAGAGACAAGUACAAAAGACGUGUCGGACAUGACCACGGUCAAGGAAGAUCCGACAGACAAACACAAUCAGUUACCGCUGCAAGAUCAAGAGAAACAAUCAGCUGCUACAUCCCUUCUUGCUCAACUACUGGGGAGCCUCAGUGCUCAAACUGGUCCGUCACCUGCUACCCCGGAAUAUCUGCCUCGGACGCCAUUGCCAGAACCAUUGACCGAUGCAUCGACGCCGGCAGCUCCAAAUGAAGAUAUCUCGUUGCCAGUGAUCAAUGGACAGACCGAGGAAGUGGGAACACAACCCGGGACAGAUGGACAGGCUGUUACCAAGCAGGAAGACAAACUCACAGAGGUGCAGGAUCACCCUGUUUCACCCACAGACAAACCGUUCAACGAUAUGCAAAUCGAUACAGCUGCCACAAGAAUACCAGAUAUGGUUACCGGGGUUAUGGAGGAUCCGCUCUCCAAGACAAGUCAUGACCACAGCGCCCUCUUUGCACCUUUCGAUGCCGAUGGCAGUAUUAAAAAUGGCUUAGAUUCUCUGCAGCAGCAUGAUCUGUUUGCGAAUGCAUUCCUGUCUCACGAAAUCAACAUGUCUGGUCUCCCCGAUGUGAGUUACUCUCAGUACGAUGUAGCUACGUCUAUAGCUGGGUCGGAGCCGCGUAUCCAAGCUUUUGCAAAACUCGAGUUUGACGAUGGUCAUUUCUACGUGAAUACCUACUCGUUCAUUCUUGGCCGAGACGUCCGAGCAGCACGUGCCGCUUUUCAACGCGAAGUACAAGCUCGACAAGCUAUGAGACCGUCAAGAAACAAAAGCUCCAGCGGUGGGAAUACGUCUCACACCCCUAAUCGAGUCAAACGUGACGGCAGCGCCUACGUCGGUAGCGUGGUGAGCGAUCGAGGCGGUAUCAUGGGGUUCGAUCCUGAUGUACCUCAUCAUAUUUCACAGAUUAGUCGUCGGUCGUCUGUCUCGUCUCAACCAGACUCUGUGCUUCAUGCAACUCCGGCACAGUUACAAACGAACCAUACAGACUACAAUGCGCUUGCCAUGCAGUCUUUAUACGACGGCAAUGCCGAUGCAAAACCAGUUGACAUGCUGGCUUUGUUGCCUUCACCCGAUGCUUGUCCAACAAUUCCAAUUCAUCCGCCAGCAACCGCAGACGGCAGCUCCGCCGGUCACAAGGGAAUAUCCCGGAAGCAUGUAAAGAUUGCGUAUAACUUUGACAAGAAUUUCUUUGAGAUGGAAGUCAUGGGUCGAAACGGCGCUUUUAUUGGGGCUGAUUGGCUUGCACCGGGACAAGUGAGGCCACUGCAUAGUGGAGAUUAUAUUCAGAUUGGAGGCGUCCGCAUACGGUUUCUCCUCCCAGACGUACCCAUAGGCGAGACUGGAGCCGAUCGACUUGAAGAACCUCUACCGGAAGGAGACGGCACUGCCACCGCUAGAGAGACCACUGAGGUAACAGGCGAGGUAGAUGCAAUGGAAGAAGACUCAGAUGAAAGCCAAGAAGGCACAAGUAAACCAAGAGUGACGAAACUUAUCUUGAAGACAAAAUCUCAGGCAGAUUCAGCAAACGCCGAUGCAUCGGCUGACGCCAAUGGCGAAUCAUCACAGCCCAAGAGACGUGGACCUGGUCGUCCUCCCAAGGAUGGCAUCAUGUCGAAACGUGAGCGUGCCGAGAUUGCCAGGGAGCAGAAACUAGCAGCAAAACGUGAAGCCAACGGUGGAGUGACACCACCCCCGCCGGUCAACCGUCCUAAGCUACCUACCAAACAACCGCGAAAAGAGGAUUCAGUGGAGGAAGUUGCGGCAGCUGUUACUCCUGCUACUCCUGCUAAACCAGCAGCGGAGAAGAAGUCCGUCAAGCGCAAGCAACCUGAUGGUUCUGUCGUUGACGUUCCUGUCGAGUCUAUCGAAGGUGAUGAACAGCCACAAAUCGUGCCAGAACAACAACCACCACAGCCUGUUGUGGAAUAUGCGAAACCACCUCCUCCCAAGAAACGCAAACCCUCACGGUCUCCUUCACCUGACUAUCCUCCCGAAUCGGCCUACACGCCAGAUCAAUUGCAAAAACCUCCUUAUAAUUAUGCCGUUCUUAUUUUCGAUGCUUUGACAGAAUCACGGACACCAAUGACUCUAAAACAAAUAUACAGGGCGCUCAAAUUAAAGUACCCGUAUUUCAGAUUCAAGUGCGAGACUGAAGGUUGGACGUCUAGUGUUCGGCACAACUUGAAUGGAAAUCGACAACUAUUCGAGCAUGCAGAACGAGACGGUAAAGGAGCAUCAGUGGAAAAGGAGAAGAAACGAAGACCAUCGCCUCCGCCUCCGGCAUCACAUAUUCACCAUCCUCCUCAACAUUACAUGCCUCCGCCGAAUCAUACGUAUCCGAAUCAAAGUUUGCAGAACCAGCAAUUCCAGUUCUCAGCAAUACCACCUAAUACCUUUAACGCUCCUGCUCCUCAACCGAGUACCUAUCAACGUCCAGCACCUCCUCCGCCUGCUCAAACAUCCGCACCGAAUCCAUUCAAGAAUAUCAGUCUUCCUCCCGCUCUUACCCAGCAAGCACCUGCGAAAUACGUCUCACCUUAUCCUUGUGCUUUGCCGCCAGAAAUCCUUCAGCUUCAGCAGGAAAGUCAACCGAAACCGGCAAUGGAUCAAAGACAGUCUGGUUCUGUUACUCCGCAUCCGCAUCAACCUAUGCUGCAUCAGUCACAACCGCCGCCACCGCAACAUCAGCCGCAACAUCAAACCCAACCUCAACAUAACCAGCCACAUCAACCUCAGCAACAUCCUCCUCCCCAGUAUACCCCGAAUGGCCCAUCAUAUCCACCACCGGCCAACAGUCAAAUACAUCAUUAUCCUCCUCCACCCGGCCAAGGUCCACCACCCUCUCCGUCCCAACAACCGCCGCAACCAUAUCAGCCUCAACCUCAGCCUCCACAACAACACCAACUGUAUCAACCACCACCAGGAGGUCCGCCACUCACAGACAAUAAUAACGUCAAUAACAAGAACAAUGUUAGUGGCAACAGCACCACCAACACAAUCCCCGAAGAAUCAUCACUCUCCUUCCUCGAAAGAGCAAACAAAGCUAUCGACGACUUCGAAGCAGUCCUAAUGGAAGACUACGACGAUAAAAACUACAUCCGCGAAGUGCUCAAGAGCGCCCGAGCACGCGCCUUGGGACAUGCAGACAAGAGUUCCUUUGCGGAUGGAGAGCCAAAGGAUGAAGCUGUUUUAUUGGAUGUAUUGCGGAAUUUGAUUGGGAGUUUGAAAGAUGAGUAAUCCUUUCCCUUAUUGAUCUCUUGGGCUCUGGGAUUGGGAGG